UGCAAAAUGAAAGUAACAAUUUUACAUGAACGGGGGAGUAUUACCAAAAUGCUGGAAUGGGAUAUCCUAAUCCCGUCGUCUAAACAUGAUGGCACUUUUAUAAAAUUUUAUCGCCAAACUCAAAUUUCAUUUCCCCAAAUAAAAUUUGUUCGAGAAGACAACAAGGAACGACUGAAAAGCUUCAAUUUCUGAGAAUAAAUGCUGAAAGGAGGAGGAGAUCAAUUCAUCGAUCCUUUUGGACGUAAUCCGACACUGAAUUGACAUGGAAGAUUUUGGGGAACUUAAGUUCUAUUUGUGAGCUGCCAGCAAUAUCCAGUGUUGUAAACCAGGGCCCUACACUUGUUGAAAUUGACUUAAGCAAUCACAUGCGGGUCAAGAUAGAUUGUCUCUCCUCUAGGUAUCUGGCGCAAGAAGCGGUAGCAAACACCAUCAGCUCAAUCAAAGUUUCAAAGAAGAAUUUUACUAAUGAUGUGCUGGAGCACCAGCUUAAGUGUGGGAUAUCAAGUAAUGUGGACCAGCAUGACAUUGCUAUCGUUGGAGGAGGCAUGGUUGGAAUUGCUCUUGCUUGUGCUCUGUACUUAUGCAACAAUUUGACCAACUUGGUCGCAAUGGUCACUGGUUCAUGGCCUCAGAUAACAUCCACUGCAUUGGGCAACUUGGAGCACCUGCUAAAGGGUGGGAUAGCAAGUAACGUGGAUUAGCAUGACAUUGCUAUCGUUGGAGGAGGCAUGGUAGGAAUUGCUUUUGCUUGUGCUCUGUCAACCCCGCUCUGGGAAGGAUUGAUGGCAUCAAGAAAGGUGAACCAAGGGUCAGAGCAAUCAUUCCGGCCACUGUGUCAUUUUGCAAAGGCAUCGGAAAAGGAAAUCAAGACAAUUCUCCGAUUGAAGUUCAUCAGAUUAUUCGGAGUCUGACAUAUAUCACAAGAGAAGCAAACACCGACACCAUCAUCAUUGUCAUUAUCGCCAUCAAUAAUCCCACAUGUAGUCCUGAAGAACUAAUUGUGCAAUUCAGAUUCCAAAAUCAUGGAAGUUUGGACAACAGAGCUUCCUGCCAUUGAAGAUUUUUUUUGUUGGAAGGGCCUGCCAUUGAAGAUAGUAUCUCAUUGAUUAUCUUUCCAAAGAGUUAGAGAAGCUCAAUCAGUACUAAGAUAUUUUUGCCAUGUCUACUUCCCAUCAAUUGGUCAGAUAGUUUCGUCUAGGGAAUGAAGAUGUCCCCCAACUCAAAAGCACAUGUAGAAAUUCUGUAUGAACAGCAGUAUAAAUAAAUGGUGUCUCCCUUGAAACUCAUAAGCCCAAUGCCUCAGUCCCUCAGUUUUUGUUAUCAUUUCCUCAUUCUAACAAGAAGCGGGAGCACUAUUAAGGUUCUGAUGCCAAGUGGUGCUGUCUUAUUUACUGUGACGAAAGAAGAAGAAGAUGAUGAUUUGUCUUAUUCACCUAAAUAUUUACUUGUUGAUAGAAAAACUACUGAAUUGCCAUAUCUAAAACCCAAUUGUACUGUAAAUUUGAAGGUCUGGGAGAAACUUGUUCUCUUUGCCUAGAGAGGUAUUUAGGCACCUUUUCAGUUCUAGUCACUUUUUUUAUGCUGGUGGGAUUCUGGUGUUCUGUUGAGGUAUAAAAAGAACAGAAGAUAUUAUGGUGAAAAGUAAGCAGCUAUUUGUUGGACCAGAAGAUAUUAUGGUGUACUAAUGUACUAUGGCGCAGUGGAUAUUGGUGGUGUUGGACCAGAGGAUAUUAUGGCGCAGUGGAUAUUGGUGGUGAACUUGACCGGCACCUAGAAGUUGCAAAUGCCAAUUUUUGGCGGGAUUUUGCCUUAGAAGGCAAAAGAACAGAUGUAAUUCUUUUUCAUACCAAAAUCAGAGAUAGAUAUGGUGAAUUAUAACAAAAACAAGAAGAAGAGGGCAAAAUUGAAGAAACAGGAGGCCAAAGAAGUAAUGGGUUUGUUGUUAGAGCAUCUACAUUGGAGCCGUGGACAUUCUCGGCCUUCUGGACAUGGCGACCGUCAAAGAUCAAGGUCUCCCCAAGUUUGCAGCCACGGGCGUGCGACUCCGACUGCUACUGUCAUGGUGAAGGGUUUGCCAAAAGAGGCAACUGUAGAAUAUAUUCAUCAGAUCUUAACGCAAUGGGGUCCCCUUCGUCAUGUCCGAGUGAUGGUGAAAAAGAAAUCUAGUGUCUGCCGUGGAAUCGCAUUUAUCGAUUUUCCGUCUACGAGAGCAGCUCGGAAAAUGAUGGAUGAAGUUGGAGAUUGCGGUCUGGUCGUUAAUGAGCGAAAGCUAUCUUUUGAGUCCAGACUAAGUGAAAGUGAACAUCCGAUUGUAAAUGCUGGAGUUGUUGAAUCAGAACAAGUCACUGAAGAAGAACAUGGAGAAGAAAACGAUGAUGUGGAUGACAAUGAAGAAGAUGAAGAUGACUGUGAUUAUGAGGAUGAAGUGGCCACAGAAAGGCUGCCAGAUCCCUGGACUCCCGAGGAAGUGCGCAUGUUAAAGGAAGCCUAUCAUUAUCUGGUAAAAGUUGGUAAACGCAGACCAUGGAAGGAUAUGUUGGAAUAUGGACAUAAUGUCUUCCAUGAUGGUCGUACCAAUGAAGAUUUAAGGUCCAAGUGGAAGCGGCUGAUGAAAGCUGGUAAAUGGGACAACAAUGAACCAUAAUAUGGACGUGAAGGUAGAGAAUUGGCACAGCAUUGGUGUUAUCGAGUUUAUUUGGGUUUGGAGGCAGAUGAGAGGACUGAAAUGUUUUGGAACUUUCUGUUUGCUUAAUAGCCUGUCUUGUAAAUUUGUGAAUGGGACUGAAAACAUAUGGGCUGACACAACGGCCUGUAUAGUGAUAUAAUUUUGUACACAGUGACCUGCUUUUGUAGUCCCCCAGUCCUGCGCAGGCAUUGUAAGGUAAAUCCUCUCUUUUUGAUGACCUUAUUUUGUAAUCCUCCUCCUGGGGUAUGUAAUUCUCCUUGGCUUAAUUACAGAGAAAUCAUAACAACAGUAGUAGUGUAUGUAGUAGGUGUCUGGCAAGUGGAAUUGGUCAGAACUACUCAGUUUUUUGAUUGCUUUGGGGUUCCAAGUUCCAACCUGUAAAAGUCUGGUAAAAUUGUAUUCCAGUUUACUAGUGAUUCCCUGGUGUUAAGUAAGACAGGGAAGGCAAUUUCCACGAAAGAAAUUAAUUUGAGAGGGGAAGGGAGGGGUGUUUGGAGAGGUCCAUACAUUGUGGAUGUUACGAUGCAGUGAAAAGGGAACAAGAACAAAAGAAACGAGCCUUAGUUUGGAUGUCUUAUAUACAAUACAGAUUACUCUCCAAGGAAUUUCAGGCAGCAGUCUCUUUGUUGAGGAUUUGAAUCAGCUCCUGCUAUUGGAAAUUUAGAGCAUGUU